CCAUCUUCGAUUUGAGGUACGAGCACUCGAUAAACUCCCACCACCGGGUUGCAGGCGGUCUUUCUUCUUGUAUACUAACCUCCAGGUCUCCAUCUAGAAAGUCGCCAUGGGUCGCGUGAUCCGCAAUCAGAGGAAGGGCCGUGGAUCCAUUUUCACGGCCAACACCCGUCUCAACAAGGCCCCUGCUCAGUUCCGUGUCCUUGACUUCGCUGAGCGCCAUGGAUACACCCGGGGUGUUGUAAAGGAGAUCAUCCACGACCCCGGCCGUGGUGCUCCUCUCGCUAAGGUCCAGUUCCGUCACCCCUACAAGUUCAAACACGUCACCGAGACCUUCAUCGCCAACGAGGGCAUGUACACCGGUCAGUUCAUCUACGCCGGAAAGAACGCCGCUCUGACGGUCGGCAACGUCCUUCCCCUCGCCUCCGUUCCUGAGGGUACCGUUGUCUCCAACGUCGAGGAGAAGUCCGGCGACCGUGGUGCUCUUGGUCGCACCUCCGGUAACUACGUUACCGUCAUUGGCCACAACCCUGACGAGGGCAAGACCAGAAUCAAGCUUCCUAGCGGUGCCAAGAAGGUUGUGAAGAGCACCUCUCGUGGUAUGGUCGGUAUUGUUGCCGGUGGUGGUCGUACCGACAAGCCUUUGCUUAAGGCUUCUCGUGCCAAGCACAAGUUCGCUGUCAAGCGCAACUCCUGGCCCAAGACUCGUGGUGUUGCCAUGAACCCUGUUGAUCACCCUCACGGUGGUGGUAACCACCAGCACAUUGGUAAGGCUUCGACCAUCUCCCGCUACGCCGCCCAGGGUCAAAAAGCCGGUCUUAUCGCUGCCCGGAGAACCGGUCUGCUUCGUGGUACCCAGAAGACCAAGGAGUAAGGGUAUUAUGGUGUGGAGUUCUUUUGUUUGCGACGGGUUCAAAAUGCUCUUUUGCUAUGAGGCACAUGUACUUAGGCGACUGCGGAUAACCUACCACGCGUCCUUAGCGAAAUAAGGUGUGGCCAACAAUUUCAUUGAUGAAUAAAACAAAACCAGCGGGCCGGAAAUCAAGUCCCUCAGUGCACUUCGUUGCGGAUGCUGAAAAAAUUGACGGGAAUAUCGUUUAUAACGAAAAAUGAGACUUAUUUCCUUUCGGGUUCAUUACGGACUAAAGCCUAGUAUAUACAAACUAUGCUGUUCACACCAGUAGGCCUACGUCCUGCUAACAUCAUCAUCCACUUCGCUGUAAGCACCUGUAAUCCUUUGACCGGGAUGC